AUGUUAUCCGAGGAAAUUUCAACUGUGAAGGGAAAUGAGGCAAUGGUCUCGAAACCAGCACAAUCGAUCAUGAAGCCUGGAGCUUAUCUCGCAAACCCCGCGCCUUUGGCGAUGGGUGGUUUUGCUACCACUUUUUUAUCCCUGUCUUUGGCCAUGAUGAACUUCCGUGGGGUAUUCACACAAACAAUCUUCAUGGGUGAUCUUUGCUUCGUUGCUGGAAUUGGUCUACUUAUUUCCGCACAGUGGGAGAUGGUUCGAGGGAAUACAUUCUCUUACACGGUUCUUUCUGCAUAUGCAUUGUUUUAUGGCGGUUACGGAGUAAUUUUGAUUCCCUCAUUAGGCAUCGCUGAUGCGUAUGGCGGUUACACUGCGGAAUAUCACAACGCGCUCGGAUUCUUUGUUCUAAUAUGGGCGGUUUUCAAUCUCUUUUUCCUGCUGGCCAGCUGCGCUCUGAACAUUGUCUACAUUAUUCUGUUCCUCGGACUUGAGCUAUGUCUCAUUCUCGAUGCUGCAUCCAGUUUUGCGUUGGGCGACGGGUUGGUUGAAACUAGUGCGAAUCUUAUCACCGCUGCUGGUGCAUUCGGGUUCAUUGCUAGCUUAGCUGGAUACUAUUCCGUCCUACAAUCCCUCUGUGAAGACUCUCUGCCUUUUUCCGUUCCGAUGGGUGACACUUCUAGAGCUUGGAAACGUUGGUGUAAAAAGACAGUGAAGAGCGAAGAAGACAUUGUGUGA